AAUUGAUAAUUAUGGCUGGUAUGUGUUGUGGUGUUAAUAUAGCUGAAACAGAAGCUACAACACCAGUUGAGCCAAGUUCUGAAGCAGCAAGAAGGAGAAGAAUGGAAAUUCAUCAGUUCCGUUUUGUCGCAACAGAUGUAUCUGUUGCUGUAGCUCCGCCCAUUCAAAAAAAUGGACGGAAACGUACGCGUAAAGCAGAAAAAGUCUUUAACACCAAAAUACAGAAGUUGGAAACUAGCGUAACGAUUUCAUUGUCUCCAACACCAUUAAAAAAGCUAGCUGAGGAAGAACCUGAAAGUAAAACUCUGGAUCUGUCUGAAUCAACUACCACAGAAUCUGUCAUAAUUGAACCUGAAGAGAUUGUUCCUUCUGAUCUCCCCAAAUUUGGGUCCACUUCGAUAUGUGGAAGGAGACGUGAUAUGGAAGAUGCUGUAGCAAUUCACCCUUCAUUUUGUAAUGAAAACUCAAACAACUUGCAUUUCUAUGGUGUAUAUGAUGGCCACGGCUGUUCACAUGUGGCUAUGAAGUGCAAAGAUCGAAUGCACGAGAUAGUUAAGAACGAGGUGGAGAAGAAAGAAGGAGAAGCAGCAUCGUGGAAAGAAGCGAUGAUUGGGAGUUUUUCUCAAAUGGAUAAAGAAGUUGUGGAUUAUUCGAGUGGAUCUUUCCCAUCAGGUUCUGAUUGUAGAUGUGAACUUCAGACUCCACAGUGUGAUGCUGUUGGAUCAACAGCUGUUGUUUCAGUUGUGACUCCAGACAAAAUCAUCGUCUCUAAUUGUGGUGAUUCUCGUGCUGUGCUUUGUAGAAACGGUGUUGCUAUCCCUCUUUCCGUCGAUCAUAAGCCUGAUCGACCCGAUGAAUUGAACCGGAUACAAGAAGCUGGUGGCCGUGUUAUAUAUUGGGAUGGCGCAAGAGUUCUUGGCGUUUUGGCGAUGUCUCGCGCAAUUGGCGACAAUUAUUUAAAGCCAUAUGUUAUAUCGGAGCCAGAGGUGACUAUAACUGAACGUACCGAUGAAGACGAGUGUUUAAUUUUAGCAAGUGAUGGAUUAUGGGACGUUGUAUCGAACGAGACUGCCUGUGGCGUGGCGCGUAUGUGCUUGCAAUCAAGAAGGCCACCGUCCCCAACAGGUUCGCCUGAAAAUGACAUAACGGUCACCGGUGCCGGAGAAAGCUCUGAUAAGGCUUGUUCAGAUGCAUCAAUCUUAUUGACGAAAUUGGCCUUGGCUAGACGAAGUACUGAUAAUGUUAGUGUUGUUGUGGUUGAUUUAAGGAAAGAUCUAUAACAUUAUGUUAUGCUCUAGUAGUUUUAAUCUAUGAAGUGUAUAUUUUUGUUAUUGAUUUUAAUUUGAGGGUUUUCUUAAAGAAGGAAAACUCGAAUUAAAUAGUUCAGGUUUUAACAUGGGUUGCUAAUGAAGCUCUGGUGAAAGCUGAUCUUUUGAUUUAUUAGCUGAUUUAGCUUCCUGUGUGUAGUAGUAUUAGUGUACUGCUAAUAUUAUUUUAGAGAAAUGGAGAGAAAUUGUAAAGAGCUGAUCUUCUCUACAGCUAUGUGAAAUUUUAUGUGUGAUUCUGCA